CAGCUAACUCCCAAACUAAGUUACGAUUGCAAUCAAUCAUCUUAGGAUGACAGGUUUCAGCAAAAUGACGCGAACCUUACAUUCUAUUCCUGUAGUAAGACAGAACCAAGUUUAAUGACGACGUACGCUUCAUAAAGUCAUUGUCCCGCCGCCCUGAACUACGCGAUGUAUCUGGACAAAGACGCUAUUGCUUUGACAUCAUGCACACAACGACGAGAAUCGACGGUAGCGACUUUGACAUGAUCUUCUUAGGACGCAGGCAUCCUUCACAAGCUAGUGAGGAAUCCUCUACCUUCGCAGUCAUGGAGUCCACAACCCAGCAGCUGUCAACAUACCCUCACAUCAUCCCCCUUGCUAUCUCCGAAGCUAACCAUCACCGCCGCCAGCCUAAGAUCCGGAGUAUGUCUGACUAUGAAAUACAACGACUCCGACGCUCUGACAGCUUCAUGAAUUACAACUACCAUAUCAACACCACAUCCACGAGGCCUCGCCAUAUGAUCUCUGGAUCAAGUACCCCAGAAUCCAAAUACAGACCCCAUCACAGGAAGGGCGAGCUACGAUACGACUUCAGAUUCGGCAACGGCUUCGAGCAAAAAGAAGACGCACGCUUCAAACAUGCUCGACAUAGACGGGAUAGAAGCAGCGUCUUCACAGUCGCAAGCGCACGAACACUAUGCUCAAUACCCUCCGAGCCGCCCACCCCUAUAUCGCCUUCUCCAUCUUUUCUAGAUCUAUACUCACCGUCUCUCCCUCCUUCACCAACCGUCGCUUCAAAUCCGGCAUACGCGACAACAUCCCACUCCACCCUGACGCCCCUGGAACUCCAGGACUGCAUUAACCACGGUCGUUAUUGCCGCCUGAAGACAUUCCUGCUCGAACUUCUCCACCUAGAUCUCAAGCUCCCGUCUUCUGCAUCUACCCCGAGGUCCUCAAUGAGGACAAUCUGCAACCACAAGUUCCACCAUGGACGGUGCAAGAGGUGCGAUUUAUCCGAAGCUAUAUUCCCGUACCUUGGUGGUGGAUUGCUAACAUCGGGUUUUCAUUGCAGGGAUUUUGGGUGUGAAGCAUGUAGUGAUAUGCAUGUGUCGGUUCAAGAAGAAGAGUGGGCGGAGCGGACACCCUCACCAUUGGAUAUCUCAGACGAAGCACCGCAAAUUGAUCCAAUCGCUUUCAUCCCAAUCUCCACCACCCAACCUCAUCCUCUUGACACCGGCAGCGACUGCGCAUCUACAUCGACACCCAGCUCUCAUUCGAGCUUCUCCUUCUCCCCAUCCCUCUUCAGAUCCACACCACUUCCCCGCGACACCCGACCAGACCUCUCGCCGCCAACAAGUCCACCAAACUACUCACUCCCCAUCCCCACACACCGACCUACCCACCACACUGGUCCAUCAACACCAUGCCGUGCCCGCAUACCCACCGGCUUCGCCAGAUACAUAUCUCCAAGCCCCGAAAGCACAUCCAGAACCUCCGUCCUAGGCUCCAAUAUCCCCGCAACCGCCGUAGCAAUGCUGCAAGCCUCGCCUACGACAGUCCACAUCCGGCAACCCCAUUCACGGCCUGGCACCGCUGUUCAGUCUACUCGAUCACCAUCACCCUUAUCCACACCAGUGACUGAGAUUGAAAACCCCCUCUCGGAUACACCAAUCACAAUAAUCCACAUCCGGCAACCCCAUUCACGACCCGAACCCGCUGUUCAGUCUACUCCAUCACCAUCACCCCUAUCCAGACCAGCAACUGAAAUCAAGAACCCCCUUCGAGAUGAUACCACAUCCCAAGCCUCGCCUGCGACAACUGUUAUCCGUCAUUUACACUCUCAACCUGGGACCGCAGUCCAGCCUUUUCCGUCUCCACCACCCACAACAACACCAACAACUGAAAUCGAAAACCCCCUUUCAGACACCGCCCACUCAGCCCCCCACAGCCCCCCUUCCCCCGACUCCCGCACCACCAUCCUCCGCCUCCACCGCGCCCUCUCCACCUCAACCAGCUCAACAGACACCCACCUAAUCCGCACCGCACGCCUCGUCCUCGGCCUCGCCGUCCAAAGUGCCGCGGGACGCAUCCCAGCGGACAUCGCGGAGAAAGUGUCAGCGCAGCUCUUUUCCGAGGAGGGGCAGGAGGUCAUGGAAAGGGAGGAGUUUGUUACGUUUGUGAGGGAGGCGGUGGAGAGGGGGGAGGUGAGUGAGGUGAGGGGGUCGCAGAUCCUGGAGUUGAUUAAUGCUAGUGGGGAGGGGGAUGUAAAUUUCGUAGCUUGA